AUGAGUGGCUGGCAGGAAGAGGAAGUGACAGAUGCUGGCAGAAGAGAAAAGCCUGGCAUAGAGAACCACACGGUGGACAGAAAGAAAGACUAGAGAGCUGCCGGCAGGCCCAGAGAGCUGAGAGGCUUCACCAAAUGCAGACAUUUGUAUCAGGCUGCCACAGGGAAGCCAUAUACUGUGCCUGGAGAGACAGAGAGCAUGAAAGAAAUCCAGAUUGGAGAAACCAGCAUCAGCAGGGGAUUUCCAUCUGAGCAUCCAAAGGGCCUCUUGCCCUGGUCACCUGGGGCUCCACUCUGGAGAUGUCACAUAUAGAUCUCUGUGAAGUUAGAAACUGGCUAACGGCCAACAUGGACAGGACUAAAGAACAAGAAAUGGACAUGGAUGGUUUGUAUCAGGAUUUGCUUGACCGGCCAUCGUCAGUGUUCUUUGAUAAACAUGACAAGAAGCUUUGCCCCAAAAUUUGCUGCCAGUGCCAUAGCAAUGUCCUCUGUAGUGCCAAUGGCUCUCCAUUGUCGCUCCAUGUUGCCUGCCUGCAUGACACUGCUGGUGGUCACAUGACUCACCUAGUUCAGUUACUUGUUCAGUUGGUUCAGGCCAACUGCUGUUUGGACAGUGAGGAGAAGAGACAUGGAGUGAGAGUGGCGAUAGAUAAAAGUAGAUAAAUUGCGAUAGAGCUUAAAUAAAAUUAAAAAAAACAGUAUAGGAGGAGAGAUUAACAUGGAGGUGACGAAGAAGAGGAGUCGGAAUUCGGAGGAGGAAGGACAAGGCAAGAAAAGGAGAUGGAGUGAUGGAGAUUUAGAAGAGAAGAAGAAAAGCCUGGUGAAAAAGAAAACCAGUGAAGAUGGGGGCAGUAAAAGGAGAAGGAGAGAAAGGGAGCUGGAAGAGAAGAAGAAAAGCCCUAAAGAAAGGAAGACCAGUGGAGAUAGGAGCAAUAACAGAAGGGGUGAUGGUGAUUUGGAAGACAAGAAGAAAAGCCUGGUGAAAAAGAAGACCAGUGAAGAUGGGGGCAGGAGAAUGAGUGAAGGACAGAUAGAAGAGAGGAAAAGCUCCAUACAAAGGAAGAACUGUAGAGAUUGGAGCAAUAAUAGAAGGAGUGAAGGUGAGUUAGAAGAUCAGAAGAAAAGUCAAAUGAAAAAGAUCAGUGUAGAUGGGGGCAGUAAAAGGAGAAGGAGUGAAGGACAGGUAAAAGAAACGGAGAAAAGCCCCAUGGAAAGGAAGACCAGUGAAGAUGGGAGAAAUAAAAGGAGAAGGAGUGGAGAUGAGUUGGAAGAAAAGAAGAAACACCCCAUGGAAAAGAAGACCCGUCAAGAUGGGAGCAAUAAAAGCAGAAGGAGUAAAUUAAAAGACAAGGAGAAAAGCCCCAUAGAGAAGAGUGAAAAGUUACAGUUAGAAGAAAAGAAAAGUCAGUUGGAAAAGACCAGUAAAGGAUUGAAUAAGGAUCAAAAAUCAAGAAGUCCAGAGGAUCCCUUAGAAGGUGGAAGCGCAGUGAAGAAACUCUGUGUGGAUAUCAGCAGACCUGUCCCCCUGGAUAUUAAGAACUACAGGUUUUAUUCAGAGCUGGGAAAAGGAGGCUUUGGCCGGGUGAUGUUGGCUUCGUUUACACCUAAGAAGCAACUGGUAGCAGUAAAGAUCAUGCAGAAAAGUCCAGACAAGAACAACUUCAACAUCAUGAUGAAGGAGGCCCGAGUGCUGUCGGUCGCUAGAGGAAGCACAUUUUUAUGCCAUUCCUACGCAGCUUUUCAAUCAGAGCUGGAAUCCUUCUUCGUCCUGGAGUAUGCCAGCGGGAAAUCUUUAAUGCAAAUGAUUCUUCGCAAAGGAAAUCUGCCAAUGGCAAGAAUCAUGUUCUACACAGCGGAGAUGGUGGUUGCUGUCCAGUUCCUGCACUCUAAGGGCAUCAUUCAUCGUGACCUGAAACCUGACAACGUGUUGGUGGACAGAUACGGCCAUAUCAAGAUCUGCGACUUUGGCCUCGCCGCAGAGAACAUCUUCGACCAGACAAGAACCAACGGAGUAAUAGGAACCCCUGGAUACCGCGCACCAGAGGUUCUAUCAAAGGCAGAGUAUAACGCAGGCGUGGAUUGGUGGUCUUUUGGGAUUACCAUGUACCAAAUGGCCACGGGCAGCUUGCCAUUUUCACCAUCAGGCAGUAUUUUAAGGCAAUUCUUUGCAAUAAAGAAGAAUACGCCUUAUUACCCAUAUUAUAUGAGCAAGGAAAUGCUGGACCUCCUGCCGAAGCUUUUGGAGAUGGAUGAGAAUCAGCGGAUCGGUGUCAACGGAAACAUCAGGGAGCACGCUUUCUACAGCACAGUGAAGUGGGAAGAGCUGGAGAACCGGAGAGUGAAAACCCCUUUCCAGCCAGGAAUGCCAUCAGCAGAUGACUUCACUGAAAUCCCGCUGUCAUUCUCCUCUCAAAUUCGGAACGAGGAAACCAACUUGGCAGAUUUCUCCCACGUGGAUCCCAGCUGGAGUUGGCAGGAGUAAGGCAUUGGUUCUAAUAUGGGA